UCCUGGGGUGAGAGGAGUGGACCCACAGCACAGCAGAGACAUCCAGACUGGUGCGGCUGUAGCAAUGGAGGACCCCGCCACCACCCCAGCGCAGCCCAGCUCCCGACACAGCAUCACAGAGGAACAUGUAACUUGGUUCCAGAAGAAAGACACUUUCGAUGUCUUUCGGUUGGGGGCUAUCAUCAAGGUGAAGCACAUCUAACUGGAGGCCAAAGGAGCUUUGUGAAGCCAGCGGGACAAAAUACAUGGAGAGAUGACCAGCCAAUCAAUGUUGAUGAGGGGAGUAGAACCUCAACCCAGCACGUUAUCGUGAUAGAGUCUGAAGAUGCAAAGGCUGCAGGUCCUGGGGUCAAACUAGAGAGAUCUGAAGGAGAUGAGAACCCACGGCACAGCAGAGAAAUCCAGACUGGGGUAGAUGGAGCGCCCCAUGUAGCCACAGAGGACCCCACCACCACCCCAGGGCAGCCCAGGACCCAAUGUAGUACCAUAGAGGUCAGUGGAACGCCGAACGCCAUCCUCAAGUCAGAGACAGACACCGAGACUUUAACUGUAACACACAGGCUCUUACAUACAGGAUCUGACCACAGAUCAGACCCAGAGAGACUGGGGCUGAGGAGAAUGGGCUGUCCUCCUGCUCCUGGCUCAGAAUAUAUACCGGUAUUUCCCCAUAGCCAAAGGACAGUUCAUUCCCAUGGUGAUAGUGAUGUGUUAGACACUGGCGGUGAUGAUCCGUCUUGUUCUUAUGCUACAGAGAUGGACUCUGGCAACAUGCUCUUGGGUUUAGAGACACAGACUGAUCUGUCUAGAGGGGACUGCUGGAACCAGUACAGUAGUAGUGUAUACUCUGAAGGGUGCCUAGAUAAGAAAGGGGAGGGUCUGGUCGUAGAUGAGGUGACUGUGAAAGUGGAAGGCGACAUUCCUCCAACACUGAAUCCAGAUAGUCACCUAGGAGACGGACACUCACAGGGCAGAUAUUUCUUAGAUUACAGGGGAAGAUUAGAGACAAAUCCAAUUGUCACAAACCACUCCCCUUUACACUCAUUCAGGGAUCGUGAGCCAGUGUCCACCUCAAUGGGGCAUUCCGAUUCAAAUGGCCUCGUCCCUUUCGAUCAGGUAUUGAACUCAAACGACAGGCCUAGAGCCCAGGCUCCGCGAGGGGGAGCAACAUCAGGCAAUAGUAAAGAGAAACGGUUCCUUUGCAUGUUCUGUAAGAAAGGCUUCAGCUGCUCCCAGAAGGUGGAGAUCCACCAGAGAGUCCACACAGGGGAGAAACCCUACAGCUGCCCCCAGUGUCACAUGCGCUUCACCCAGGCUGGUGACCUGAAGAGGCACCAGAGGGUCCACACAGGCGAGAAACCCUACAGCUGCCCCCAGUGUCACAUGCGCUUCACCCAGGCUGGCAGCCUGAAGAGGCACCUGAAGGUCCACACGGGGGAAAGGCCGUUUGCCUGUACGCAUUGCGGGAAGAGGUUCUCAGAGAGGACCUACCUCAGGAUACACCAUCAGAAAAACCAUCCCACUCUAUAAAAUGUAAACCAUUCUACUUUAAAGCUUAUUACAUUUAGAUCAAACCCUGCAUUAAAGACACAGUUUAAUUUUAAUUGUUGUCAGCAGAAAAGAUCCACAGAUGCAUUUGGAAUAAUGAGGUUAACAGAUUUCAGUGUUGAAUAUUCCUGGGUAGAAUAUUGCAUCUAGACAUUGUGUGAUAUAUAAGCCUAAAAUGUCUGUUACAUAUUUAGUUUGUACUGAAUAGUCUACAUGAUGUUAGGAAAUGCCCGAUUUCAUUUUUAAUAGUGUACUUAAAAUGUGUUUAUGUUCAAUAGAAUGAAAAGUCCCAUUUUGGUGAUUCUUUAGUAAUCAGUACCAGUCAAAAGUUUGGAAACACCUACUCAUUCAAGGGUUUCUUUAUUUUACUAUUUUCUACAUUGUUUAAUCAUUGUGAAGACAUCAAAACUAUACAAUAACACAUAUCUAGUACCCCAAAAAAGUGUUAAACAAUUGAAAAUACUUGAGAUUCUUCAAAGUAAUCACCCUUUGCCUUGAUGACAGCUUUGCACACUCACGGCAUUCUCUCAACCUGCUUCAUGAAGAAUGCUUUUCCAACAGUCUUGAAGGAUUUCCCACAUAUACUGAGCACUUGUUGGCUGAUUUUCCUUUACUUUGCCAUCCAACUUAUCCCAAACCAUCUCAACUGGGUUGAGGCCAGGUUAUCUGAUGCAGCAGUCCAUCACUCUCCUUAUUGGUCAAAUAGCCCUUACCCAGCCUGGAGGUGUGUUGGGUCAUUGCCCUCUUGUAAAACAAAUGAUAGUCCCACUAAGCACAAACCAGAUGGCAUGACAUCGCUGCAGAAUGCUGUGGUAGCCAUGCUGGUUAAGUGUUCCUUAAAUUCUAAAUAAAUCUCUUACAGUGUCACCAGCAAAGCACCAUCACACCUCCACACUGGGAUCCACACAUGCGGAGAUCAUCCGUUCACCUACUCUUCAUCUCACAAAGACACGGCGGUUGGAACAAAAAAUCUCAGAUUUGGACUCGUCAGACCAAAGGACAGAUUUCCACAGGUCUAAUGUCCAUUGCUCGUGUUUCUUGGCCCAAGCAAGUCUCUUCUUAUUGGUGUCCUUUAGUAGUGCUUUCUUUGCAGCAAUUCGACCAUGAAGGCCAGAUUCACGCGGUCUCAUCUGAACAGUUGCUGUUGAGAUAUCUGUUAUUUGAACUCUGUGAAUAAUUUAUUUGGGCUGCAAUCUGAGGUGCAGUUAACUAAUGAACUUAUCCUCUGCAGCAGAGGUAACUCUGGGUUUCAUCAUACCGCUUGAUGGUUUUUGCGACUGCUCUUGAAGAAACGUUCAAAGUUCUUAAUGUUCCGCAUUGACUGACCUUAAUUUCUUAAAGUAAUGAUGGACUGUCGUUUGUCUUUGCUUUAGUUGUUCUUACCAUAAAAUGGACCUGGUCUUUUACCAAAUAGGGCUAUCUUCUGUAUACCACCCCUACCUUGUCACAACACAACUGAUUGGCUCAAACGCAUUAAGGAAAUUAAUUCCACAAAUUAACUUUGAACAAGGCACACCUGUUAAUUGAAAGGCAUUCCAGGUGACUACCACAUGAAGCUGGUUGAGAGAAUGCAAAGCUAUCAUCAAGGUAAUGGGUGGAUACUUUGAAGAAUUUGUUUAACACUUUUGGUUACUACACGAUUCCAUGUGUUAUGUCCAAGUUUUAAUGUCUUCUAUUAUUAUUGGAAUGAGUAGGCGUGUCAACUUUUGACUGGUACAUCACAUCUGAUGACAGCGCUCUAUAACCAGUAUAUGCUUACUAAAUAUACCUACACAUACCCACACUAACAAACACCUACUCUACACUUCCAAAUAGUUUAGUCAGGUUUGUCUGACUUGACUUAUCAUAGUGGACUUAUAUUUACACACACCUCUAAAUGCGGAAGACGCAUUUUAAUGCAUUCAGUUGUACAACUGACUGGGUAUCCCCCUUUCCCAUCAUAUUUAAGUUCUCCAUGUAGGGUUUAACAACCAUGAAGUCAUUCUGUAACCACAUUAUAGGAUGCAAACGUAAUGGGGAUGGGUAAACGCUCCGGAGCCAAGGUUAAAUUGAAGCAUCCGCCAAUUAAAAUCAUUGAUGUAGUUGCACGUGAUUAAAGGCUUCAUGUUAGCUGUUCCCAUUACAUAAACUUGCACAUGUAAUUCUAUGCUAAUCUCACCAGGUGGCCUUGAUUAUUUCCUGUAAUAAAUUGUGUAUUUACAAAUUAAAAUGUUUCAACAAUU